GAUUGUAAAUUUGAUAUAUAAACUGCGAAGUUGAGAACAAGUCUAGUGAUUCAUAAAUUUUGAUAGGCUGGCUGUCGCGUUGAAUGUUACACUUAAAUGCGCACAUUUAUGUUUAGUAUACAUAUAGUUGAAGCAUUUGGUUAAAAGCAGACUAAACAGAAAUAUGGAUAAUCAACAUACAAUAAGGAUUAUGAUCUUAUUUUGUUUGGUGACGGGGCACCUCUGUCUAAUUAGUAUAGAAUUUUGUUCAGGAAAAUCUGUUAAAGAUUAUUUUGAUGGUUCUUUAAAAGAAUCUGCCCUGAAACUAGAUGGAUCUAAUUCAAUUGCUGCACUAUUACCAACCCAGACUGGGCAGCUGUCUUGUACAUGUGAUGUCACACCAUAUUCAUCGGUACCAGAUAAACUACACGUGCGCUUGGUGCAUGGCACGAGACUUGAUACUAAAUCUUGCUACAAAAAUCUUGAAGUGAGGGAAGAUGACGACGAGUUGGAGCACGUGUUCGGGUGUUCCUCUGAGAAUAUCGAAUUAACUGGCUUGGAGGAAGGGGUUCGGUUCACACUGAAUUUGUUCGAAAAUUCAAGGAGAAUUGACGAUAUGUACUACUUGUAUAUUGUACCUGAGCCGGGUACUGUUUUAACAGCUCAGUGUCACGCUCCCGUACAUAGUACUUCAACGCUAGCGGGUAAUGCUACUGAAAGCUCUACAAUGACGUCGACUACCAAACCCAGGGCGUUCGUUACGGCGGAAUCUAGUGAUACAAUAAUUGUGGUCGGCGUAGUUGUGGGCCUUGGAUUGUUUUUUCUUGUCUUUAUUUCAUGCAUGCUGUUCUACAUUGCAAGGCGUAAAGUACGAAGAGAUGUACCCGAGAAAUCUAACCCUGCAGAGCAGUCGCAGCUACAACAUCACAACAUUGUCGGCCGUACGCUUACACAUAUCUACGGUAAAAUGAAAGCUAACAGGCCACUUCCAAGUAUCCCUGCGUCAAUCCGAAAAAUGACGCCAUGGAAGAUGAGAAACCAGAACGGAUCCGGUGUUUACGAUAGCAUUAAGUCAAACAAAACCAACUGUAAACACAAUCUUAAGAAACAGGAAUCCCAACAGUCCGAUUGUUCUUACCUUGAGCCAGUAGUUAUCACUACAAUAAGUGAAACUGUGGCUAACACGAAUACUGUUGAAACAAAGAAACAUAUUGAAGCGGAUACAGCCCUCCCAGCAUCAGCCGUAAUGAAUGUAAUGUUACAUGAGGCAGAUUACACUGAUUUAGCCCACGAUUCGUAUAUACAUCCGCUGUCUGAAUACGAACGAAGUAAUGACCAGAAAGGUGCAGUACAUUCACGAAACAAAUACGAAAAUGUACUAUCACCACCAAUGUAUAUGAAUGAACAAGAAACGAAAGCAAUAGAUAAUGGCACACAGAAACAAGACGUUGUUGAUACAAAUAAAGAUACUAAAAUUGAACUGAAUGGUUCUGGUUACAUGGCAAUGCAUGCAAAUGUUAAACAGAACGAAGGUCAAAAUGAUGUUGAUGAAGCAAACGUUGAAAUGAAAGAAUGUAAUAAAGAUAUAUUGAAUGGCACUGACAGUAGCGGAUAUAUGUCAAUGAAUUCUAGUGAAAUAAGGAAAACAAGAGAUCUCUUGAAACAAAAUGAUAGUACUUUUCCUGAUAUUGUAAGGUUUACUUCACAUGACGCUUGCAUGGAUGAAGCCUGUUUGAAAGAGAAAACUGGUGUUGCAAACGACGAAAAGCAAAUGGAAGAAAUGAAAAAUGUGAAAACUAAGAGAUAUGUGCGAGAUAAAAAGUAGUUCCCUGUUGACAACAAAAAUAGUUUUAACAUGUUUGUGUUGAACUUGUUUGUUACGUUUGAUAUACUUAUAUUGAAGGUGCUUCUUUCUUUUGCUAAAGAAUUGUUAUAUCUAUCUUCCAGACUAUUCUAAACCGUUUCAGUGGUUCGUUCAAGAAGAAUCGAAAUUACUUAAACCUUUUUGUUUUUACUUUGAAAAAUGAAAAAAAGACAGUAUAUGAGAAUAGACAUGUUUAAACGUCAGAACUCAUUUUCCGACUGUUUUACCCUUUGAGUAUUUAUGUUGAAGUUAUUAUUAUAAAAAUCACAUGCGAGAGAGUAAUAAAAGAUAU